AUGAGUUCUUCGCAGUUGGUGGACCAGCCAGACCAGAAUGCUGCGAAAAACACAGAAGCCCGCCUACCAGCGGCUCCCUACACCACAUUUGAGUGUCUCGGCGCACCAUCUGGUCUCACGCUGACCCGCCAGGAGAUCAAUCGCCUCAUUCUCGAGUACCUGGUCGUAGAGGGCUACAAGGACGCUGCGGAGAAGUUCAGCAAAGAAAUCGGUAUUUCGCAACCCCUCUCCGAAAUCCAUUCGACUGGCGCAAGUCUGGCCGAAAGAAUGGCGAUCCGCGAGGCCGUUCUCAGUCGCCGCAUUGAGGAGACAAUUGCUAGGGUGAAUGAACUGUGGCCUGAGUUGUUUGAGAAAAACCCCUACAUAUACUUUCAGCUUCGACAACUUCAAAUGCUGGAAUUGAUCAGAGGACGUCGUCUGGAAGAGGCCUUGACCUUCGCGCAGUCCUACUUGGCCGGUCCGCUGAGUCACCGUCUGUCGGAGUACCCACAGAUCCUGCGCGAGAUGGAGAACACGAUGGCUCUGCUGGCGUUCGAGGAGCCCGGAGAGAGCAUCUACGGUUCUCUGUUGGGCGCACGCCACGCCGAGCUGAUCGCCGGCGCCCUCAACCGGGCCAUCCUCUGGCACAUCGAGAACAGCGCCGGCGAAACCGACGCGACCCUGCUCGAGGGCUCCGCUGGCGGGAACCUGAGCAUGCUGGGUCUGCCCAAAGCGGCGGGCUCCGCGUCGUCUUCAACGGUCCCGCGCCUCACCAAACUCAUGGCCAUGCUUCUGCACUUUCGAGACAUCGCGGACUUGGAGCUGCCGCCGGAACUUGCCAAGUUAUAA